CGGAAUCAGGUAUAAUACUGUCCGGAGAUUGGUUAUAAAUGUUGCUUCACGUCCAUUUCUGAAAGUGGCAGAAUGCAUUAUGUGUUGCAGUCCUUACGGGCGGGAUAAAUGUUGGAGACUACAAUGCAAACUUCAUACCCUUACAUGCAGGUAUAAGACUGUGUCAAGAUUGCUGCUAAUGUUUCGUGCAUACCGUAUAUUUUGUUGAUUGCUAAGAUGUAGGGCGGGAACCUUCAAACGACGGGAUUCCGUCGUAUUCUGAGAAUAAUAAGGAUGGUACGACUAAGCUACGAGAUGAUACUCAAGGUAUUCACAGGCAUGCUUAUACAGCUUCCAAAUCGACAUCUCCCAGAUGAGCUUAAUGGGCUUUGUGUUUUUUACGCUUAACGUAAUGCAGAUGACAAAACUUCCGAGCAGCAUGCAACAGUAGCUGUAUUUAAUGAAGAAAAAAAACGUUGGCGAAACAAGGGAGCAGUUCAACGCACAGAGGCGUGAAUCUUAUCGGAAGAAAAAAGAGGAGGAUAUGGUCAGGUUACAAGAGUAUAAUCAGCCAUCCCUUUCAAAGACUGGUAAGUAUUUAAGCGUGAUUUUGCUGACUACUCUUGCUUUUUUCUGAAUACCUAUAGUAUGGAAAUUAAUCGUUAUAGUAACCUGACUUCAUAGAUGUUCCCCGUGUUGGUUUCAUAGAUGUUGUAUCAACAUCAAUACUUUUUUUGUUCUCUAACUCUCAUACCUAUUGUAAAAAUGGUAGACCAUAGGGAUCUUAUCAACGCGUGGAGGCGGGAAUCUUAUCGCACUAAGAAGUCAGAUGGUUUUAUAAACCAUCUAGACGAUGGGCCGAUUGUUCACCGUCGUACUCUACGUGAUAUCACAAAUGUUCAACAACCUUCAUAUGUGAUCCCUGGUACUUAUUUGGUAGAUUUACAAUGUCGUUAAUUAUAUGUGCGUAUUUGACAAUCAUACUAUUUGUGAUUAUGUUUAACUUCUCUUUGCUUUCUGAACGCCCGUGGUGGAUAACUAUAGGAACUAAUGUUGGGGCAGAUCAUAUGUUGGGGCAGCUAAUCAAACCCACGCGAGAUGAUAAGCAUUCAUGGUUCAGCCAUUUUUAAUAAAUACUAACCAAGCAUGUUAUAUCAGAUGACCCAGCUAGCUCGGUUGAUACAUCAAUCUCGCAUAAUGAAUCAACAUAUCCUCCUAAAGCUACGGGAGCGUCUGAUGUAAUUGCAGAUAAAAAUAUAAAAGAAAAUACGCAAGUAACAGAAGAAGAACGCAAACGAGACCGUCAAAAAGCUUUGAGGAGAGCUGCAUAUCGGCAGAGAAAAGAUCGGAAUCUCCAAGAUGAACAUGCACAGGCCCUUAUUUUAUCUGGUAACCUCUAAAGGUUUUGACCAUUAUAUUCAGUACCCGACUUCAUGUCUUAAUGAUUAAGUUUUCCACAUGUUUUCAUCAAUUUGUUUAACCAGCCAACCCAACUAGCUCCAACUAUACAUCAUUCUUGGUUGAUGCAACGACAUUUGAUGCUACAACUACUGUCACAUCUGGUCUCAUUAAUGACAUGGAGGUACAAGAUGUGGUCUUGAAUAACACCCAAGAAACAAAGCAAAAAACCGACGAAGAACUCAAGAGAGAUCGUAGAAACGCCCUGCGGAGAGCUGCUUAUAGGAGGAAAAAGGAUAAGCUUAUCCAUGAUGAAAACAUACGUCCACUUUCGUUAUCAGGUAAAACAUGAUCUAUAUUUUCACCAUGACUUACAUAUCUUGUUUUGCUGCUCAUAGCUAAAUAUUCUUAUAGCCACCAUCAUGCUCGAUGCAUACAGUUUAAUGCUGCAUAUUAAUGCACCAUCAUGGUUUUUUUCCUAUAGACGUCUUAAAUAAUAUUGGUUCUAACUAUGUUUUAAAAUCAUUACGAAACCAGCCAACCCUAAUAGCUCCAGCUAUAUAGAAUUCGAGGGUGACGCAGCAACAUUUCCCCAUUCAACAUUAGACGCGUCUGUUGUCACUCAUGACAAUGAUCUAGCUAGGAGGCAACGUGAUAAUGAGCGGAAAAGAAAUUUAACAAACGCGCAAAGGAAGCAAAUAAAUGCACAGAGGCGUGCAGAUUAUCAGCGGAAUAAGGACAAGGUAUCUGUUGAUGUCAGAGAAAUAGUGAAUGAAAAAGUACGAGAGAAGCGAAUGCAACGUCGCAAAAGCAUGUCAGUGAUUGAGAAGGGGGAGUCAAGUGCUCAGAGGAAGGCCAAUUAUGCCAGAAGAAAAAACACCCCAUGCAACGAAUCCAUCACGCUCCCACGUCCAGACCUAGCAAACUCAACCUCUGAAUGUCCCACUUUAAUCUGCCGCGCAUCAUCCGUCUCUCGGGUCGCCGAAGAUGAUUCAUCUGAUGGCGACCCUCCGACGAACAAGACGAAUUACAUUGUUGGUAUCGAAGGUAUGAAAUUGCUAAUGUCACUUUCUUCUGCUCAUUAUGAGCAACCAUCUUCUAACAUGAUGUUAUCUACUGUGACAUUCGCAACGACGAAUGUCCAGAGGACAUUGAAUUUUUACAAAGCGGCAUCGUGGGCGAUGAGCCGACAGCAGCCGAAUUGAUGGAUGAGGAGUACUACAUGUUUCACAACGAAGGUAUGGUCAGAUAUGAAGUAGGACGGCGUGCAUCUAUAUUGUAGUUAAAUUUUUUUUGUAUUUUUUUGAACGUUAUGUUUCAACAAAUGCUCGUAGGGUCCGAUCAUGACAACAUGGAUGAUGACGAGGAAGGGAGCAUGUCGUCUGCUAUACCUAGCGAGGUUGAUCCAUUAGAAUUUGUUUACACAAACAUCCCCGACACCACUCACAUCCUGAAGCUCGACGCAAACUGCAAACACUGCAAGGCCAAAAAGUUUGUCUCUGACCGACAGGUUCUGCUGUCGCAAUGGCCAGAUCGAACUUAAACAACCGGAGCCAAUCCCAGAGCUGAUGAGGCUAUGGUCAAGCAUGGAUGCAGAUUCUAGACAUUUUCGGGAGAACAUACGGUUCUUCAACGGGCAUUUCGCCUUCACAACCCUUGGCGUCAGCCUUGAUGAGAACUACACAAACAUGAAGUCUGGGGUGUACACAUUCCGUGCGCACGUCUCCAUCUACCACAAUGUGCAUUCGUUCGGGCCUAGCUCCCUUCCAGAACAUCUGCAGUUGUACUUCUAUGAUGACGACCCAACCAUAACUCAUCGUAAGGUGGCCACCAAGCAAUUAGACCAGGAUGUCGUGAAGAAGUUAGUAGACAUACUCAAAGAAAACCUGUACUCCCAGCAAUUUAGGAGUUUGGGUGCACACAAGGACAACCUCGAUGAUUAUAGGAUAGACCUAAACACCGAUAAGAGGCUUGACCAAAGAAGAUAUAAUAGACCGUUGUCAUCUGAGGUCGCUGCAAUUUGGGUUGAGGGCAACGACCUAGCAAAAAGGUUUGACCGGAGGAUAACUUUGUGGUAACAACAACGAAAGGCAUAGUAUACGUGUGACCUCCGGAGCAUAUGACCCGUUGUCUUAUCCCCUAUUCUAUCCAAGGGGGGAGCUAGGUUGGCAUCCAAAGCUACUUAAACGUAAUGUAACGGAGGAGGUUGUACUGCAUUCUCAACUGGUCCAUGAUGAUGAUGAGGAUGCAGGUAUGCCGUCUGCGUCCCAUUUUGCUACAAAUAAUAUCUUAUUUCUCGAAUAUAUCCUCAUUUUGAUGGUACUCAAUCAUGUGCAGAGGGCAACAACAGGUUGUGCGUCUCUGUCAGAGACUACUACUGUUACAUGCUGCAGACACGACCUGGAAUCUUCAAUCCCAUACUCUGUGGAGCACGCCUCUUGCAGCAAUGGGCGGUCGACAUGUACGUCAAGAUUGAAAGUUGUCGGUUGAGGUGGUACAGGAAAAACCAGACGCAGAUUCGUGCCGACUUGUAUAAAGGAGUUGUUGAUGCAAUCACAUCGGGGGAGACGCGAGCAAGCGCUGUUGGGGUAAGAAUAGUGCUCCCUGGAACAUACCCUGGUGGCGACCGCGACAUGAAGAAGAGGCAUAUGGAUGCCAUGGCAAUUGUCCAUACAUACGGGAAGCCUGACAUCUUAUUGACCAUGACUUGCAAUCCUAAAUGGGAAGAGAUAACGAAUGAGUUGCUGCCUGGUCAGACGGCGCAAGACCGACCUGAUAUUGUGGCUCGCGUGUUCUACGGCAAGCUAGAGGCUAUGAAGGACAUGUUGUUCAAGAAGCAUAUCCUGGGUGUUGUUGUCGCAUAUGUAUACGUAGUCGAGUUCCAAAAAAGGGGCCUCCCCCACGCACAUUUUUUGUUGAUCAUGGACUCUAAAUAUAAGCUUAUCGUCCCGGAGCAGUAUGACCGACUCAUUUCCGCAGAGCUCCCAGACAAGCAUAAGUAUCCGGAAUUGUAUGCUAUGGUGGUAAAACAUAUGAUGCACGGACCAUGCGGUGCUCUCAACCCGAAGAAUGUUUGCAUGCAAGAAAACAGAUGCAAGUGCAGAUACCCACGGCCGUUCAAUGAAAACACAUCACAGGGGAAGGACUCGUACCCAAUUUAUCGGCGUAGAGACGAUGGAAGGCGUGCUAAGGUCCGAGGGAAGAUGUUGGACAAUAGAUGGGUUGUGCCUUAUAACCCAUACCUGCUGCGGAUGUUCAAUUGCCACAUCAACGUUGAGGUCUGCUCCAGCAUAAAGGCCGUCAAAUAUCUUUACAAGUACAUUUACAAGGGCCAUGAUAAGGCUUCUUUCAGCAUCGACCAUCCCGACGCCGAUGGUAACAUUGAUGAGAUCAAGAGAUACGUUGAUGCAAGGUGGAUCACCCCUCCGGAGGCUAUGUGGAGGAUAUUUGGCUUUCCACUUUGCGCCAAUUACCCACCUGUCUUGCAGUUGCCUCUUCAUCUCCCGAAUAUGCACAGGGUCGCAUUCAAUGCGCAGGCUGACUUGAAGAAUGUUGUCGCCUCCGAAAAUAAUUCAAAAUCCAUGUUAACGGAGUAUUUCAAGGCUAACCAGGAACACCCUCGGGCUAGGCAUAUAUUGUACAAGGAUUUUCCCGGAAGCUUCACAUGGCAGAAGAAAAAGAAGUUUUGGAAGCCGCGGGUCGAGCGUUUUCAAAUAGGUCGCAUCGUGUCUGCCAAUCCUGCUGAGGGUGACCGAUACUACCUGCGUGUGUUGCUAAACCAUGUUACGGGCAAAACAUCCUUCGACGACUUGCUCACCGUGGACGGUGUUCAAUGUGGGAGCUUUAGAGAAGCUGCUGAAAGGUUGGGACUCAUCGAGGCAGACAACACGCUCGACAACUGUCUUACUGAGGCUGAGCAGUGGGCGAUGCCAUGUUCUCUUAGGAGGCUCUUCGCAACCAUCUUGGUGCACUACGAGCCAGGCGACGUGCGUGGUUUAUGGGAUAGGCACCUCGAUCCUAUGUCAAAUGACUAUCGUCGAUCACGCACGUCCCCUAUCGAGGUGGAGCAGAUGGUGUUGCUUGACAUUAGGGGUAUGUUGCAGUCCAUGGGUAAAGACAUUGUUGAUUUCGCUCUUCCAAGCAUAGAUGAUGCGUUUGACCCAACCGAGGGUGAGGCAAGAGAGGUCAUCGAGGAAUCAACUGUUGAUUUUGACGUGGAUGAUACUAAAUUGGCAUCUUCCCUGAACUUGGAGCAGAGGGCCGCAUACGACGAGAUACUAGCGGCUGUUGAACGCGGUGAUGGGGGUGUAUUCUUUGUUGAUGGCCCUGGAGGUACAGGGAAGACCUUUCUAUACAAGGCGAUGCUUGCCAAGGUGAGGAGCGAUGGCAAUAUUGGUAUCGCUACCGCGACGUCGGGCGUCGCCGCUUCUAUCAUGCCUGGCGGCAGGACUGCCCACUCGAGGUUCAAGAUCCCAUUGAGUUGCGAUGAUGGAGCAUCGUGCAGCUUCACGAAGCAGAGUGGGACCGCCAAGCUGCUUAGGAUGGCCUCAUUGAUAAUAUGGGACGAGGCCAGCAUGACGAAACGACAAGCGGUCGAGGCAUUGGACAAUAGCAUGCGCGACAUCAUGGGAAUACGCGACCGACCCUUUGGAGGAAAGACUGUUGUUUUUGGCAGGGACUUUAGGCAGGUGCUUCCGGUCGUCAGAAGGGGGUCGCGGGGCCAGAUAAUUGAUGCAACCCUACGAAGUUCUCAUCUAUGGAAGGGUAUGCGGCAGCUUCGGCUCAUCACCAACAUGAGGGCUCAUAAUGACACGUGGUUUGCAAAUUACUUGCUAAGGGUCGGCAAUGGCACUGAGGAAGUCGACGAUCAAGGCAACAUACUACUCCCUGAAGACAUUUGUCUGCCGUCUACAGGCGAGGUUGACGACCUGGAGAAGCUUAUUCACCACGUGUUUCCGAGUCUAGAUGACAACAUGUCUGAUUCAAAUUACAUGACAUCUCGAGCAAUCCUUUCCACGACAAACGACAAUGUCGACAAGAUAAACAUCCGCAUGAUAGAGCGUUUUCAGGGAGAUGAAGUAAUAUACCAUAGCUUUGACAGUGCGGAGGACGACCCAUAUGGCUACUACGCUCAGGAGUUUCUGAAUGGAUUGACUCCUAACGGUCUUCCUCCGCAUGCACUCAAGCUAAAGCUGAACUGCCCUGUCAUACUUCUAAGGAACAUUGAUCCAGCAAAUGGAUUGUGUAACGGCACUAGGCUUGUUGUUAGAGGUUUUGAGAGGAACACCGUUGAUGCAGAAAUCGUGAUUGGACAACACGCUGGCAGGAGGGUCUUCCUUCCUCGAAUACCUCUCUGCCCAUCUGAAAACGACAUGUUUCCGUUCAAGUUUAAGAGGAAGCAAUUUCCUAUAAGGCUUAGCUUUGCUAUGACCAUUAACAAGGCUCAAGGGCAGACAAUCCCGAUUGUUGGUGUCUACCUACCCAAUCCCGUGUUCUCUCAUGGUCAACUCUAUGUUGCUUUGUCUCGAGCCACCGCAAAGAGAAACAUAAAGAUACUCAUUCAGAAGGAGAAGCCGAAGGAGAAGUCCAACAAGCAAAAGGACAAACCAAAGAAGCGAAAAGACCGACCGUGUCAUUACUAACCUCGAUGAAGAACAUCGUCUACAAGGAAGUCCUUACAGGCUGAAGUCCGGUCUUAAUAGACCGGCAGGUUAUGUAAUGACACAACAUUUACUCUUGUGAUGGUCAAGAUUUAUUGUAAUUCGUUUUUUUACAUAUAUCUUUUUUAUUUGGUAUUUUGAUAGUUGGAGGUAUACUCCAUUUAGUUGAGCUACUAAGUGCAUUUCAAUAAUCAGCCGUCAUGUUGGCACCAUCAUCGCUGUUAUAUCUUUUCUACUAUCGCAAUGUUUCUGGCAGUGUACAUGUCACCCACCGUAGUAUUUCAUGUGUAAUAUGUGAUUCAGAUAUAAUGAUUGGCCUGAAAAAUACCUGGAACAUGCAAUGAAACUUUUGUGUUACGGCAAGUGAUCAUAUCCAUUGUUAUUAUUUUGAUAUUUUGAUAAUAUGGUUGAAUGUAAAUUUAUUGGCGUCCUUAUUAUCCCUGUAUUAUUCUGAUAGGUCAGAAGUAUAGGAUUAUGAUUGGUCUGAAUUAUAAGACCAACACACGCAGAAGGGAAGUUUGUGUAGCUUUUCAAGAUAUAUUUUGCAUAUGUACAUCUAAUAAAUAAUAAAAUGGUAGCCUGCGUACUUGCAAAUAUGUUCAAAUGCCCGUGCGACUCUGGAGAAUGUGACAAUGCACGUGUCUGAUCGCUGAAGUGUGCAAUCUUUGGAAAAAAGAUUGAUUACUUGUACUUUCACGCGUCUGAACUAAUUAUUUAUCAGUUCAGUUCAAGUUUCAUUUUUAUUUUUUGCAUUGGUUCAUGUACCUUCA